AUGACUUUCGCCCGCCCCACACUUCCUUGCAAGCCGUGCAAGCCUGUGGGUGCCACUGGUAAUAAUGCCACUGAGGAGAUCGGGAGAAUCGAGGGUGGUGGUGGUAACCCUAUCAACCCCGGCCCGCUUUCCCCCCGCCUAACCUCCCCCCUUGGCUCGCCUGCUGCUCCAUCUCGCGUAAACCCCCUCAGUCCCAGCAGCAAGACGGGCAAGACGGGUUGCAUGAGUCCCACUGGCAACCCUCUCAGCCCGUCUUCCCAAGAUCUGCUCAGUCCCGGCCGAUCAGGAGCAGGAGCAGUGGAAUCAGCAACAGCGGCAGCGGCAGCACGUAGUGAGCUUAGCAGAUUUCGGCUGCACCAAUCCAAGGGUCACCAGCGUGGGGCUCUCGCGUUCCUCGCCUCCGAACCUGCCUCAGGCUCGGGUUCAGGCUCGGGCAAGGCAGGCGAGACAAACGCAGCUGUGAUCUCCUCUACUACCGUGCCCCAUGCCCCACAUCCGUGUGCCAUCCAUAGCGCCAUGCCAAGCCAUCCAGCUUCCCAUGCAGCCGCCAUGCCGGGCUAUGCAGCAGCACAUGGGGACGCAGAGGCAGGGAAGGAGAGGGGCGAUGGAGAGGAGGCGUGGGAUGGGUGGGGGGAAGGGAGUGAUGACGGUGGGGCAGGUGAAAUGGAUGACCCUCAGCUGGAGCUGUAUCGAAGGGAAGUGAGGGAGCAGCAGGCCGAGUUGGCUCGGAUGAGGGAGCAGCUGUCAGACCAGGAGCUGCGGCAGCAUGUGAUGUCAGCAUGCCCCAUGCCUUCACCAGAGCCGCAGCCGAAUAGGCCAAUAGCAGCAGCAGCACCAACACCAGCAGCAGCAGCAGCAGCAGCAGCAGCAGCAGCAGCAGCAGCAGCAGCAGCAGCAGCAGCAGCAGCAGCUAGGGCAGCCACCCCUGCGAGUUACAGGAUCGCAAUGAAGCAAAGAACAGCAGCAGCAGCCGCCGCUGCUAGGGCAGCCACUCCCGCCAGUUACAGGACCCCAGUGCAGCAAAGAGCAGGAUUCGCUGCUGCCAGUGCCGCUGCUGCAGGGAAUGCAAGUGCGGGUUCAGGGCAUAUGGGAGGAGGGCAUGUGAACGGGGGGCACGGGGCAGGAGGGGGAGAAGCAGCGGAGCAUGGGGAGGAGGGGGGAGGCGAGCGGAUUCGGCUGCGGGUGACUGGGAGCCUGGGAGAGCACAUGUUUCGACUGGCCAAGGGCGACAAGCUGGAAAAGCUGUUCACGGCGUAUGCCAACAAGGUGGGGGGGUUGCCAGUGGGCUCGUUCAAGUUUGUCUUUGAUGGCGAUGCGCUAAAGGGUGAUUCAACACCGGCAGACCUGGACCUAGAGGAUGAGGACCAGAUAGAAGCUGUGCGGAAAUAA